GAAGCAGCGUUGUUUAAAUAGCCGGCUGCAAGGGUAUUUGAAGCAAAGCGGGCCCUGUGGAUUUCUCCAAGAAAGUUGUCUGAUAGCCUGACGGUCCAUGCAGGUAUAAUGUACAAGCAUUUCAUAGUAGUGCUACUGUUGGCUUGCCUUUGCGCAGCUGACGAUUUGUAUCAAGGAGACAUCAAACUGACAAAGGAACAACAGGACAUUCUCCAAGGCAAAGAUGGAGGAAAUGCUUUUAAUGUAAUCAAAACUUCAAUUUGGCCCUUGACGAUACCAUACGACCUUGCACCAGAAAUCGCUUCGGAGCCGAAAGCCGUCGAAGCGAUUCAAGAUGCAAUCGUCGAAAUGGAAAAAUACACAUGCUUAAAGUUCAAAAAAAGAGAUGACGAGGCUGGUUACAUCUUGUUUGCAAAUAUGGAUGCAAAAAGGUGUUGGUCCCCACUUGGGUAUGUAUCUACAUACCGAAGAGUGAUUUCUUUGCACAAAUAUUGCUGGUACAGAGGCACUGUUCUACAUCAUCUGAUGCAUACCCUUGGCUUCGCACAUGAGAACAACAGGCCAGAUAGAGACUCUUUUGUAAAGAUACUUUGGGAUAACAUACGAGAUGAGAACCACAAGGACUUUUACAGAAAAGAUCCGUUCAGUGUGAAUUCAAUGAAUGUUCCAUACGACUAUGACAGCAUUACACAUAUGUAUCGUUGGUACCUCGGUAAAAGAACCCCUACAGGUAACAUAAUGGCAACAAUAGAAGCUUUGGAUCGCAAAAAGAAGUAUUCAAUUGGACAGCGAAGUCACCUUAGUGAAUCCGAUAUUCUUCAGUUGAAUUUACUUUAUCGUUGCCCCGGAUUCACCAGGCCACCAAACACGCUGCCUCCGGCACCUGCAAUUACAACACCAGCAACUCCAAAACCAGUUGUGCAAACAGAAAACAUCUGUGCUUUACGAACCAAAACAUUUAGUUGUCCAUACGGUACAAAGAUGUGGAUAGAUAGCGCAAUGUAUGGGCGUUUGACAACCAAAAUAUGUGGAUAUGGAUCAUUGAGGAACAUGAGUUGUCAUUCAGAUGUUACAGAAAUUGUACGUGGCAAGUGUCAGAACAAUAUGGUAUGCAAAUUGCAAGUCACUACCGAAGUCUAUGGUGAUCCAUGUCCUGGUACAUUUAAAUACUUGCAGAUAAAGUACAGAUGUACAACAAAAGUUAUUGCUUGCAACCUUAAUGUGAAGGAAAUCAAGUGUCCUGUAGGACAACUCAUCUAUGUUGCGGAUGCGAUGUAUGGACGGCAAUCUAUUUACGUGUGUCCAACCAUAUGGGACAGGGAAACGAAUUGCAAAUCUGAUUCAUCACUCAGCGUAGUGCGAGCAAACUGCCAUAUGAAAAAUAGCUGCAAGAUUACUGCAAGAACUGAUGCUUUUGGUGACCCUUGUCCUGGGGUGAGAAAGUAUCUUCAAGUCCGAUAUCAAUGUGUUAUGCCAAACGUGUUAUGAAAACUCAACGAGAACAAAGUCUCUACAUAUCUAAGCCUGUUUUAAAAGCUUUUGCUGAAUAUCAUUUACUCCUUUCAAUGAAUAUUACCAAACGCA